AAAAGGAAUUUCGCCAAACGCACCCUUAUUCUCGUGAGUCUCGCAAGAAAGUUCUGGAAAAGAAGACUGUAGAGAAGGACCAUUAAAUCAAUAUCGGAUGGGUUCGACCCGACCCAUUUACCCCUUCUCGAACUCACGAAACAUUCUUCAAUCAUUAACUCGCUUUCCUAUCUUCCUCUUCCACCACGAAACUUCUAGAAACAAACUACUACACGGCUGCACCUGCGGUUCGUGUUGUAUCUUCAGCUUUCAUGCGUUGGUUUGGCUAUUGAAGUGUAUUGGAUUUUUAGUUCGAAGAAAUUAAAGCGGGGCUAGCAGUUUCCAAGCACCGGGUCUGGAUCUGUUUGAAACGUGGCAUGUCGGUAGAGCAGACAGGAGAGUCGACGGCGGCAGGGGGCGGUGGAGUAGGAGAGUCACAGAGGUCUGCUCCUACGCCGUUUUUGACGAAAACCUUUCAACUGGUGGACGAUCCGAGCGUCGAUGAGUUGAUCUCUUGGAAUGAAGAUGGUACGGCGUUCAUAGUGUGGCGGCCGGCUGAAUUCGCCAGAGAUUUACUGCCUAAAUAUUUCAAACACAACAACUUCUCGAGCUUUGUUCGUCAACUCAACACCUAUGGAUUCAAGAAAGUAGGACCGGAUCGGUGGGAAUUUGUACACGAAUGCUUUAGAAAGGGCGACAAGGGACUCCUAAAAGAUAUUCAACGACGGAAAGUCUCAACCGGUGCAGCAGCAACAGCGGGGACAGCGACGGCAAUCGCAGCUAACUCACAGGCAGUGGCGAUGGCAGCCUUGAUAGUAGGUUCUCCGGCGAACUCUGAAGAUGAACAAGUACUCUCUUCCAACUCAUCGCCAGCCGCAGCUACGACGGCGCUACGCGCUGGCACAACUGCAGCAGAUAUUAGAGAAGAAAAUGAAAGGUUGAGACAAGAAAAUUCACAAUUGAGUCAAGAAUUGGAUCGUUUGAGGAGCUUGUGCAGCAAUGUAUGCACUCUCAUGUCCAAUCAUAGUUCAGAAAUGUCGACGGAGGUAACAGCUUUGGAUUUCAUGCCGGUUGAAAAAGGAUGCGACGACGUAGUGAAGGCGGCGGAUGAGGAGGAGGAAAUUAUUCCGAUGAUAUUUGGGGUUCCAAUCGGUGCAAAGCGUGUGAAGAGGGGUGAAGACGAGGAAGGGCAGAAUCAAGUGCGCCGGGGCGAGCCAGAAUAAAAUCUGAGCCGUUCGAUCUUGAUAGUAGUAAAAUCAAAAAUGUCUUGGACUUCCAUACUCGGAUAGUGGUGUGGGGAUCACAGUGGAUAUAUAAACCUAAAAGGUAUUUGCUUAUUUAUCCAAAAUGGUCUAGAGUUUGGUUAUCCAUCGUGACUGAUGGUCACAAUGAGGUCCAAAAGCAGUGUAACGUGUCGAAAUUGGGUAAGAUGGGCUCACCACUCAACUAAUAAUUUAAUUACUACAAGGGCAGCAAGACAUGCCAUUAUUGAUUUGUUUCGAAGUGUUUAUAAAUAAGUAAUAUUUGUAGAUUUCAUAAAAUAUGCGGACAAAAAAUGAAUUGACUUUUAGUGGUGAAGAUCAGAAAGGGACAUAGGGAAAUUUGAUUUAUGUAUUUUUAUGUACGACU